UGGCGAGUGCUUAGCCGACCAGCGAACCUGUUUCAACUGCAACCGUCUGGGCCAUUAUGCCAGUGUCUGUCCGGAGCCCAAGAGGCAGCAGCAGGCUGGGGGUCAGGCCCAAGUCUAUACCAUUACCCACGAUGAGGCCGCCCGCAAUGCAGGUACCAUGUCCGGAAUGCUUUCGAUAUCCCAUGUGCCUAUCUUUGCCUUAUGUGAUACCGGUGCUACCCAUUUUAUUUCUUCUCGUUUCUUGGAGGCUUUAUCUAUUGGCACUGUGCAUGCUUGUGAUGCUCUCGAGGUUAGUUUAGCCUCGAGAAAAAUUAUUAUCUCUAAUUCAGUGGUUCGCAACCUUCCUAUUUGCAUUGGUGGUCGAGUUCUGGAGGCCGACGUAUAUGUAAUUGAUAUGCGAGACUUUGACGUGAUCUUGGGC